AUGGAAACCAGAUCCCCCAGAACCUCCCCGCCAUACUACGCCGUUAUCUUCACCUCCACGCGUGCUGCACGGCCCGACGACGGCUAUGCCGAGAUGGCCGACAGGAUGGUGCAGCUAGCAAAAGCGCAGCCUGGCUUUCUGGGCCUCGAACAUGCGGGCGAGACAGCCGCUGCGUCAAUUGUGUCUGGAAUCACUGUGUCGUAUUGGGCUGAUGAGGAGAGUAUCCGGGCAUGGAAACACAAUUUCGAGCACUUGCUGGCGCAGAAGAGGGGCAAGACAGACUGGUAUCUCGCAUAUGACGUGCGAGUUGCGAGGGUGGAGCGGGCAUACAGCUUCGACGCGAAUGGGGACACAGUUGCAUGA